AUUUGAUAUUAUAGGACAUGUUUUUAGCUGGGACAGACACAACAUACACAGCAAUUGAAUGGGUGGUGGCAGAGCUCAUCAAGAAUCCAGAUGUAAUGAAGAGAGUACAAGAAGAGGUUCGAGGAAUUACUUUAUGUAGAGGAGAGAUCACAGAGGAAAGCAUUGAUAGAAUGAAGUACUUGAAAGCAGUAAUUAAAGAAACUCUACGGCUGCACCCUCCUGGUCCUUUGUUACUUCCUCGAGAAACAAUGGAAGAAGUUGAACUACAAGGUUAUCAUAUUCCGGCUGGAACUAGAGUCAUUGUCAAUGCUUGGGCAAUUGGAAGGGAUCCAAGAUCAUGGGAUAAGCCUGAAGAAUUUUAUCCUGAAAGAUUUGUCAAUUGCGACAUUGAUUUUAAAGGACAAGACUUCAAGCUUAUACCCUUUGGUACUGGAAGAAGAGGUUGUCCUGGAAUUGAAUUUGCUAUGGCUACAAUUGAAAUCACUCUUGCUCAUCUCUUGGGUCACUUUGAUUGGGAAUUGGCUGAUGAAAUGCAAGGAGAAGUUCUAGAUAUGAGUGAGUCACCUGGACUUACUGCUCCCAAGAGAUCCAGUCUUGUUCUUGUUGCUAAAUUGCCAAUCACUUAGCUUAAUACAAGUAACUUUAAUGUCUUAAAUUAUCAUCCUUCACUCUUGUAGUCCUAUUGAAAUGUAAUAAGAAGUGGAUAUAUAUAUCUUCCACAAACAGUUGUACUCUUGGAUUGAUGUUUGUAUGGAGUGGCGCAUAUUUUACA